UCACUCGCUCGCUGCUUGGUGAGGACGCGGCUGCGGGUCUGCGCCUGAGGGCCGGCCGGGGUGCGGUGUGGAGUGAAUUACACAAUAAAGACGGGUCGCUUUUAAGGGAGAUGUCUGAAAAACUGAGAAGAUGCAGAAAGGAGCUGACUGCGGCCAUUGACCGGGCCUUUGAAGGGGUCAGUCAUUCCCAGGAGUGCUCAGGCCCGCUGAGGCUGGAGCUGGACGCGGUGCGACUUCCCUUCCCCCUCCCCGUGCACCGGCUCCUCUGCAGGAGGAAACCGCUGGCAGCCUGCUCCUCUGUGGCUCCUUUCUCUCCUGUCCCUUGUGACCCUGAGAAUGAGAGCCCUGUCUUUGCACCAAACCCUGCUCCUGUGACUGCAAAGCCGCAGGCUCUAUGUCCCCAAAGAAAACCUCUGACCAGCAAGGAAAACAUACUGAUGCAUUCCUCCAUUUUGGCACCUGAAAGACAGCUUUGGAGAGCAGUAGGAGAUGGGGAGAACUGGAGAAAAGACUGUUUAAGGAAAGAUAUGGAGAAAUAUUUGAAGGUUGACUCAAACAUGCCACUCAGCAGUUCUAGCCAAGAGGUCACACAGGAUCUGCUUGAUAUGAUUGACCAUACAAGCAUCCGAACUAUUGAAGAAUUGGCUGGAAAACUAGAAUUUGAAAACGAGCUGAACCGUGUGUGUGGUCACUGCGAAGAUUCUCCCUUUAAGGAGGAAGCCUGGGCCCUGCUGGUGGAUGAGAGCCCUCAGAAGGCCUCAGAUGCGGACCCUGGCAGCCUCAAGCAGGCUUUCGAGGACCACAAUAUCGUGGAGACAGUUCUGGACCUGGAAGAGGACUACAAUUUGAUGACCUCUUUUAAAUACCAAAUUGAGUAAGGACAGUUGACUUCAGCUUUGAUCUUUACAGCAGGAGGCUGACUUAGAGCGUCUGUGCCUGGCAUUCACAGUUGUCAUUGGUGCCACAUUCUUCAAAGGCUUGCCAAAAUCUGAAUUACCCCAGCCUUUUAAAUUUCUAGUUGUGUCCCUUUUUAAGCUGAGAGCCCCAUUUUUUUUUUUUGUUCUUUUUUGUUCUGUUGCUUUGAAAUGUUUCUUUGUUUUUUUCCUUUACUUUUUUUGAUAUCUUGACUGUUUUUUUUAAUUGUUAUUCAAUAUACCCAAUACCCAAGGCAGGUGCAGGUCAUGGACCUCUGGUGUGUUUCUUGAUGUUUUUUCCCAUGGGCCCCUGGAAAAGAAUGGGGGCCAAAAACCAGUGUGGGCUUUCUGUACCCCUUAUGACCAGCCCAUCCCAGGCCUGCUUGAGCCUGUAUGGAAGAAUUGGCCCAGGCAUCUGCCACAUUUGCACACUCUGCACACAAGACUACCUGUCUCCUGCCUGGGCCCAGUGCCCUCCUCAUGUCCAGACCCUCAACCCCUUCAUCCUUGCCCUUGCCCAGCUCAAAGGCCUCCUUAUGUCAGAGUAGCUGGCUGCAUCCCUGGUCUCCUCCUGACAGGACAUUCCCAUGAGGCUGCUCUACCACACAUCCCAAGUCAAACAUCUAGGCCCUCUGUUGAGGGGGCAUAGAGAGGGAUAAGCACGGGUCUUGCCCAUCCACUUCAUGCCUGAGCCUCAUCUACCCCACUCCAGCCCUGGACACCCUGGAGGCCAGAGGUGGUUCCCAUGAUAAUGACCCUCCUGGGGCAAAACAGGCAGGGAGUGAAGGAGGAGACAGGCCACUGCCCUCUGAGGUCAGCAUAGCAGCAAGAGUUUAGCAGGGCUGGUUCUAGCCUCACCCUUAGAGAGAAAGGACAUCAUUAGAAACUUUUGGACAAAACUCUCAAAACCAUGAUGUUCUUUCAGGAAACCUAAUAAUUUGUUGGGCAAGGUAUGAUGCCUCCCAGAAACUGAGUCUCAGGGAAGUGGCCACCUCCUAGGCUCUUAGGGGAGGAUGGGUGUGAGGAGAUUGGUGCAGAAGCUGUGAGACCCAAAACCCAAAUAAACCAAAGAGCUGGGGAGGAAGGCCUAGGUGAGGACCUGGCCAUAUUUUUGGCUAGUGACCCAGCAUAGGGCAGGCUGCAGAGCUGGCAACACCCCUUUACCAAAAGUCUGGAUAUUUCUCUAGGCUCCCAAUUGGAGGCCUUGCACCUACUCAGCAGUGCAAGGCUGGGCCCAUGCCUGCAUCCCUAGAACUAGAUUCUGGUCACUUCAUGGGAUAGGCCUUUGCUGUGGGUACAGUCACCAGUACUGCCCUGCUAGGUUAGAGGGCAGGACAGGCUAACCAGAGACUCCUCCCAAGCCAUCUAAUGCUCAAUCCUUGCAGCAGGUGGCACCCUUCAAAAACGCUCACAGACUGGGAAGUUGAGCACCAGUUUUUUCUCCCUGAGGAGGAAGGAUAGGAGCAAAUGAGAAGAAAUGCUCACAGCCUUUUGCUGCCCCUCUCAGGGGAAGAAGGGGCCAUCUAGAUGGAGAGACUUCAGACUACUUGAUAGUCAAAAAAACAGGUCUCCCAACAGUGAGUUCCAAAUAAUAUGCAUUGAUGUGUAUACUCUCCCACAGAGGUGAAGCUUAAUCCCCAUCCCCAACAAUCCUUGCGCUUCACCACCCCUUGAGGGUGAGCUGGACUUAGUGACUUGCUCCGAAGGACUAGAACAGGGACAGAGAAAGAGAGUAGAUUACAUGGAGAAGCCUGGCAGACAUCACUUAACCAACUGGCAAAGAUGAGCACCACCCAUGGUGUCCUGUGCACGUCACCCAGACCUGACUGGAAGCGGUAAUAAAAGGUUGGUUUUUAUUGGUUUCCACAGUAUUCCCACCAAAAACCCCCAUCCUCAGGCCAAUCAUGACACAAACGUCAGAUAAACCCAGAUUGGGGGAUAUUCUACAGGCUACCUGGACAGUCCUCAAGACUGUCAAAGCCAAGACUGUCAGAGUCAAAAACUGUCACACAGCAGCAGACUCUGAGGAGACAGAAUGGCUAAAUGCAGCACAGUAUUCUGGAUUCGUCCUGGAACAGAGAGGACAUGAAUGGAAAAAUGGAUGAAGUAUAAAUACAGGUUCAAGUUUAGCUAUUAUUAAUGUAUUUAUGUUAGUUUCUUAGUUUUGACAAAUAUGCCAUAGUUAUGCAAGAUGUUAACAUUAAGAGAAGCUGGGUGAAGGACAUAUUUAAACUAUCUUUGCAACUUUCCUGUAAAUCUGAGUUUAUUCCAAAUACAUUUUAAAAUGUUUUUUUUUUUUUUUAAAUGCAGUUGAUCCCAAGUUUGUGAAAUGUAAGUAUGAGCAUGCAUGCAUAAAAUUGUUAUGGAGGGACCAAGGAGGGUUUUGGUCUUUUUUGUCUGUAUUGUUAAGUUUGCAGAGGACAUGUAGACAUGUCUGUAGAGAGAAGAAAUUAGAGUUGUUUUUUUUAAAACUCUCAUCUCCAACAACCAGUCUUGGGCAUCCUUCACCAGAUACAUGCCCAGAGGUACCCUUCACAGUUUACACACACGGGGACAGGUCCAAGGCCUACAGAGUAAUAAAACAUUUCUGGAUACAGACCCCUCUGGUCUACAAGCCUUAUGCCACAGGCUCAGCAGGACCCUGACAAGGGCCUUAUCCUUCUCUGAAGGUGUUGGACCCUCAUGGAUGGAAGCUUUAAGUCUCACAGAGCUGUUUCUCAGAACUUCGUUCUUACUCCCCUGGAGAGGCUUUACAGAGGGGAUGGCUACGGGGAAUGGGAAUCUAGCCCUAACCCUACAAAACUGAAAUGAGAGGAUUUUUUUUUUUCUGCCAGCAGCAGAGACAGCGGCCCUUGGGAAAGAGGGCUGAGCACCGGUUGGGAUGGGGUAAGAGAGAGGGUUCAGGUUCUCCCUGGCCAGCUUAACAAGUCUACUUCUGUUUUAGCAAAACCUUUAUGUGAAAAUUCAGAUUUACCGAAGGGUUAAUUCAUCCUGAGGAGCUCUUCCUCACUGUAGAAACACAGACAUCAAGUAAAGCAGGUAAGCCCCGAGCCUCUGGCAUACCAGUCCCAGAGUAGCUAGGAUGGCCACAUGAUCAUUUCCCUGGGGACAUCUGUUAUGUCUGCAUCCCUGGCUCCCCAAGGUGCCCAAAGGACACCUUCCUACCUUUGUCGUCUGCUUCAGGGUGGCAGGAAGAUUUGUGCUCAUCUGCAUGGAUCAGGGGUUUAGGGAGUGAGUCUCUAGUGAUUUAGGAGGAAGAGUAACAAGAGCCUGGAACAUUUAUUUUAAUAAAACUUUCUCAAGUUUGCAGGAAGCUAGGACCAAAGACUUCUUGGGGAGACAUUGAUAUUUGAAAAACUAAAACUGUUUUACGUCAUUUGGUUCUCUCCCCUGCAGUUCAUCUUGGCAAGCCAAACAAUCACUGAAUUGUUUCCUUGGAAACACCAAGCUGCAGUUUGGAUUAGCAGAAUCAAAAUAGAAACAAGGCAACUUCAAGAAUAAAUAGGAGCUUUGGAACCUGCUAGUCACCAACUGCAAGUUCAAGCUACAGCACAAGGCAUAUGAGAAGGUAGGCCUAUCCAGUCCUAUAAGGAGGGGUUUCCAGGUCCCCUGGCUACAUCUUACUAGGUUGAUGCCAAAAUCACUAGAAACCAGCUCUGUAUGUUUACUGGUAGACUUUGUAACAAUACUUAAGGCAGGAGAUGGUCUGUAGAAGCUAGGAGAGGCAGGGGGCCAGAGGGCAAGGCUGGGGAGGAAGGAACAGGAAAAAGGAGAGAUGAGUGAAUGCUGAGUGAAGGUCCAGCAAGGAGCAAAGGCCACAGCUGAGGCCUGAGAACAGAGCAACAGUUCUUUCAAGAGGGACAAUUCAAGGAUGGCAAAGGGCUGGAAAUGGUGACCCUGCCCUUAGCCCCAUUCAGAUUGCAAUAUUCCCCAUAUUCCUGGGCAUGGCUAUCGAGCCACCCAAAUUUAGACCUGGAUUCUUACCAGGCGAGUUCUGGGGGCACUUGUAGUCAGUAAGCGCCUGCCUCUGUGUUGCUUUAGCCAGCACAGUCAGGCACACAAGCCUACCUUCUCAUCUCUAGGUCUCAGGGAUCCUUCCUCCUGCUUCCUGCUCACCUCACCAGGAGAAUGAGGGAGCCACCUCCUGCCCACUUGCCCUAUCUCCUUGGCGUUCUCCUGAAUCCUGCACUUCCAAUCCCAGGGAAGACUCAAGAGGGUCAAGAGGCCAGGAGGAAGGAGACCAAUAACCUGGGGGGCCUGUGCCCCUCACCCUUGCACCCAGAAAUGUGCUAAUAGGGCAGCAACACCAUCCUGCCACUGGAGGAGGUGUGAACUGUUAAUGAUCAAAAAAAUUGAUGAAAAGGAUUUACAAAAGAGCCAAUCUUCCUCCUUCUGCAUGACCAGCCAGGAGCUCACUUGGUACAGAGGGGGACCUUCUCUAACUGAGGCACAAGAAGUUUAAUACGGCAGUGAAAACCAGUGAACCAGACAAGUAAACCAGGGAGGCAACUGCACCUGAUCUUGGGUAGUUAUUGAAAAGGCUGUCCUCCUGAGACAUUCUGAAGCCUUCUCCCUGGGGUACAUUGGAGGAUAUUAAUAUUUUAGAUUUUAGCUAAAUAUUUAUAGGGGGACAAAGUUUUACUCAGGAAAUCUAGUUAAUAAUGGAUUCCAGCCCUAAUGGGGAAGGGCUUUCUGUGCUAGGCCAGCUGGAAAAUGCCUGAUUUGAUGGAGAGUUUUGGCCUAAGGCCUGGCAUAAAGAAAAAAAAAAAAA